UCAUUAUGAAAUUGAAUUGCCCCAUAAUUAAUUUUAAUAGAGAAAUGUGUAAAACUAAAAAAAUUUCAACUAAAAUAUUUAGCAUUACGAAGACUGAGCAACAGAAACAAUGUCUGGUGUUGGAAAAUGCUUGCUAGUGACAGGUCCUCCUGGUGUGGGAAAAAGUACUCUUAUUAUGAGAGUCUUCGAUACCCUCAAAGCCUCAAAUCCCACCCUCAAGGUUCAGGGUUUCUAUACUCGUGAAGUUAGACUCGCAGGUGAGAGAGUUGGUUUUGAAGUUGUCACUCUGGAUGGUCGCACAUGCCCACUUGCUUCUUCCAACUUUUCAAGCCAAGAGUCUCACAGAUGGCCUAAUGUUGGGAAGUAUAAAGUUGAUGUAGCAUCUUUCGAGUCACUGGCGCUGCCUGAGUUGCAGGUUAGAGAAGACACUGAUCUUUUCAUCAUUGACGAAGUUGGUAAGAUGGAGUUAUACAGUUCAUCAUUCUUCCCUGCAGUUCUAAAAGUUUUGGAGUCAAAUAUCCCAAUUUUGGCUUCCAUUCCAGUUCCAAAAUUUGGCAGAGAUAUACCUGCAGUUGCAACAUUGAGGAAUCAUGCAGGAGCAACUUUGUUUACAUUGAGUGUUAGUAACAGAAACGCUGUUCGAGAACAGAUACACUCGCUUCUGGAAGAUCUGUUGAUAAAGCACUAGUUGUUGCAAAGUUUGUCUUCUGAACUCAUGCUAUGUGGAGUUUUCUUUAAGUUCUAAAUGCAUUGUAAUAGGGAUCACCAUCUGUCAAAACCAUUGGCUAAUAAUACUUCAGACUCCAGUUAAUGAAAUAAAAGGAGAAAAUCUCAAUGCAA